AUGCUCACCACCGGACGCGGCAGCAUUGCCCAGAUACACUACACGGGCGAGGAAGCUGCGGGUGAGAUCAACAAGCUUCUCAGCGCCGUCGUAGAGAACGAAGACGACUUUGAGAGAUGGGAAGCGCUCGUCACUCGCGCCUCUGACCUCGAGGGCGGCGUCACCCGCAACUCCAGCCCAUCCGCCAUCGAACUGGUGCGCAACGUGUACGACUGCUUCCUGACCAAGUUCCCGCUCUUUUUCGGAUACUGGAAGAAGUAUGCCGACCUCGAGUUCUCCAUUGGCGGCACCGAGACGGCCGAGAUGGUCUACGAGCGCGGCGUCUCGUGCAUCACACCCUCAGUCGACCUGUGGGCCAACUACUGCACCUUCAAGAUGGACACAUCGCACGACAACGACAUCAUCCGAGAUCUGUUCGAGCGCGGUGCUCAUUUCGUUGGUCUUGACUUCCAGAGCCACCCGUUCUGGGACAAAUACAUCGAGUUCGAAGAGCGCAUCGGCGAGCCAACCAAUGUCACCAAAAUUUACAGCCGUGUUCUACACCUGCCCAUCUACCAAUUCGCCCGAUACUUCGAGAAGUUCUCCGUCCUGCUUAACAGCCGACCAGUCGAUGAGCUAGUCGACCCCGAUACUCUCGAGGAGAUGAACAAGGCGAUCCAACUGGAGAACCAAGGACAGCCCGAGAAGCCAGCGCUUGAGAUCGAGCGGCAGCUGCGCAACAAGAUCCACGAGCACUACUACACCGCAUAUGGCAAGACACAGCAGGAGGUGACCAACCGCUGGACUUUUGAGCAAACCAUCAAGCGGGCUUACUUCCACGUCACAGAGCUCGAAGAUGCCGAGCUGGAGAACUGGCGCAAGUACCUAGAAUAUGAGGAGAAGCAGGGUAACUUUGAGCGCACUUCUUUCCUGUACGAGCGCUGCCUCGUUGCCUGCGCGCUCUACGACGAGUUCUGGCUGCGCUACGCCCGCUGGAUGUUUUCACAAGGCAAAGACUAUGCGGAGAACACAAGGAUAAUCUACAUGAGGGCUAGCUGCAUAUUCGUACCAAUCUCCUCUCCUGAAGUACGCCUGAACUGGGCGCGAUUCGAGGAGAAGCUCGGCCGUACUUCUGUUGCACGCGAUAUCUACUUGGCCAUCCUCGACGAAGCCCCCGAAAACACCGAGACUCUCAUUGCUCUAGCCGGAGUAGAGCGACGCCACGAAGGCAACGAUGCGGCCGUCCGCCUCCUAGAAGAGCACAUCGGUCGCUCAAACAACCACAUCGGUGGCAUACUAGCUGCUGAGCAGGCACGCAUACUCUGGCAAUGCAAGGGCAGCGUCGAUGAGGCACGUCAAGUGUUCAAGGACAAGCACGAGCGAUUCCUGGACUCGCGUGAGUUCUGGGUCAAAUAUCUUGAAUUCGAGAUCGCACAACCCUCACCCGAUCAGGAAGAGGGCCAUACCCGCAUAAAGGCAGUUCACGAGCUGAUGCGCACAAAGGGACGCUUCUCCGCAGACGUCUCAAAGGAACUCUCCCACUACUACAUGGCUUAUUUGAUGGAUCGUGGUGGCAAGGACGCAGCCGAGGAGUACAUGCAGCUGGAUAAGGAUGUCAAUGGGUAUGUAUCAUCUGCUAAGAGCGACCCCUCCCAACUCCCAUCCCAGAAGAAACGUAAAGGACAGCCUCACAAUGCAGCAAACAAACGUCAGCGCAAGUAG